CUCUCAGUUUAGUCCGGAGCGAAUCGAGCAGCAGCAGCAGCAGCAGCACUGAGCGGAGCUGGAGGAAAGAGGACACACAAGCAGGAGACUGUUCCGUCCUGAGGAAACACAGCACUCACCUGGGAUUUAAUACAACCUCUCUGUGUGGUUCGACAGGUUUUGUUGUUUGUGGUGAGAACGGGAGGCAAGGAUAACCAUGCAGAUGGGUGAGCUUGAUAGUGGCGUGACGAAGGUGUCAAAGUGGCAGGAGACAAUGUAUGGCUUAGACUCGGGCAUCCAGUCCGGAGCCAACACAGUCAGAGACGACGACUACACCACCACCAAGCAAUACACCAUGACCACCACUGUGUCCAGUGAUCAGCCUGCUUUGGAUAUGCAGUCAUCUCUAACUAGAGCCCAGCGGGUGCGCGCUGCAAUGUUCCCAGAAACUUUGGAUGAGAGCAUAACCAUCUUGUCGACUCAGACAGACGCGUCCCAGAUGACAAAUGUCCAGCGGCUGGCAGAGCCCUCCCAGAUGCUCAAGACCGCCAUCAUCCAUCUGAUCAACUACCAAGAUGAUGCCGAGCUGGCCACACGCGCUGUGCCCGAGCUCACCAAACUGCUCAAUGAUGAGGACCAGGUGGUGGUCAGCAAGGCAGCACAGAUUGUCAACCAGCUUACACGCAAAGAAGCAUCGCGGCGUGCCCUGAUGCAGUCCCCUCAGAUGGUGGCGGCAGUGGUGCGGGCCAUGCAAAACACCAGUGACAUGGAGACCGCCCGGGCCACCGCCAGCAUCCUCCACAACCUGUCCCACCAGAGAGAGGGCCUGCUCUCCAUCUUCAAGUCUGGAGGCAUCCCUGCUCUUGUUCGUAUGCUCAGUUCUCCCAUGGAGUCUGUGCUCUUCUAUGCCAUCACCACGCUCCACAACCUGCUGCUGCACCAGGAGGGAGCUAAGAUGGCCGUGCGUCUGGCUGAUGGCCUGCAGAGGAUGGUCCCCCUGCUGAAGAAGAGCAACCCUAAGUUCCUGGCCAUCACCACCGACUGUCUGCAGCUGCUGUCCUACGGCAACCAGGAGAGCAAGCUGAUCAUCCUUGCCAACGGGGGUCCUGAGGGUCUGGUUCACAUCAUGAGAAACUACAGCUAUGAGAAGCUGCUGUGGACCACAAGCCGUGUGCUCAAAGUGCUUUCUGUGUGCCCCAGCAACAAACCCGCCAUUGUGGAGGCUGGUGGGAUGCAGGCUCUGGGUAAACACCUCACAGGCUCCAGCCAACGUCUAAUGCAAAACUGCCUGUGGACACUCAGAAACCUGUCUGACGCUGCUACCAAGCAGGAGGGUAUGGACAGCCUGCUGCAGGUGCUGGUGAGCCUCCUCAGCUCAGAUGACAUCAACAUGUUAACGUGUGCCACCGGCAUCCUGUCUAACCUCACAUGCAACAACGCCCACAAUAAAACCCUGGUCACCCAGAGCAAUGGCGUCGAGGCACUGAUCCACGCCAUACUGCGCGCUGGUGAGAAGGAGGAUGUGACUGAACCUGCCGUUUGCGCCCUGCGCCACCUGACUUCACGACACCAGCAUGCCGAGAUGGCACAGAAUGCUGUGAGGAAUCACUAUGGCAUCCCCGCCAUCGUCAAGCUGCUCAACCAGCCCUACUACUGGCCUGUCAUCAAGGCUGCGGUCGGCCUGAUCCGUAACCUGGCCCUCUGCCCAGAGAACCAGGCCCCUCUGAGGGACGCAGGAGCCAUCCCCUCCCUCGUCAACCUGCUGCUCAAAGCUCACCAGGACGCGCAGAAACAUGGCUCAUCUGCCCAGCAGACAUACCAGGAUGGAGUGAGGAUGGAGGAGAUUGUUGAGGGUUGCACAGGAGCACUGCACAUCCUGGCCAGGGACCCCAUCAGCAGAGCAGAUAUCGCCAACAUGCAGACCAUUCCGUUGUUUGUGCAGCUGCUCUACUCUCCAGUGGACAACGUGAAGCGUGUGGCGGCGGGCGUCCUGUGCGAGCUGGCCCUGGACAAACCAUCAGCAGAGGUCAUCGACAGCGAGGGAGCGUCGGCUCCCCUGAUGGAGCUGCUGCACUCCAAUAACGAGGGCAUUGGUAGGACAUCCAGAUAAUGUACUAUGAUAAGCUCACUGUAAUGUAGCAUUGAGUCAUAUUUAAAGUGCUGU